GUUUUGAAAUUAAAGGAAAAAAUUACAUUUUCUAAGUGUUUUACAAGACAUGGAAGGGAUCCAGACCUGAAUUCAAUAUGUGACACUGUUACAAAAUUGAUGUUCAGAUGGGCAAAAACUUAAAAAUUGUAAAUGCCACUCCUGAACGCUAGGUGGCGCUCAUUCUCAGUCAUUGUAAAGAUUUUACAGAGAAGAACCGCCUGCAAUGGACAAGUUUAAUGAGGAACUUGUAAAAGUGUCGUUGGGGACAAAGAGUCUGGACGCAAUCUUGUGCGUUCCAGCGUCACUGAAUGAUGUUCAGACAGCCGUCAUACUAACACACGGUGCGGGAGGAGACAUGAACUUCAAACAUUUAGUUUCUCUUGCACACGCUCUGGCAUCAGACGGUUUUCUCUGCCUCCGUUUCACAUGCAAAGGCUUGAACUUGGCUUAUAGAGUUAAAGCUUAUAAUGCUGUCCGGGACUACUUGAAAACCUUGGAGAGGUUUACAUUGAAAAACAUAUUUUUUGGAGGAAAGACGCACACCCAUCAUCAGCGGAGUGAAGAUUUAAAAAUGCUGCCUGGGAGUGUUUGUGUUCUGUUUGUGUCUGGCACUGAGGACACGAUGUGCAACGGGGACCUUUUUAAUGAAGUACUAAAAGAUAUGAAAGCCGAGACUGAAGUUUUUUGGCUACAAGGAGGCAGCCACGGUCUGACUGUGAAAGGAAGGUCUGAGGAUUCUGUAAUGGAUGAAGUGAACUUAAAAGUCCUCCUGUGGAUAAAGGAGAAAACAGUAUUGGGGAAUUAACAUUUGGUGUUUUUCCACUGGGUUAUUAAAUAAAAGAUAUCACAUCGUAAAUAUGCAUAAA